AUGGCCGCCUUCAAGCCUGGUUUUACCUCCGAGUUCAAUGAGUUCGAGGCUCCUGAUGCUGGACACCAGAAGAACGCCAAAACUGCUCGUCUAGUCGAGUCUGCCCGCCUUGCUUUGACGUCUUUGGCUCUCUGCUCUUCCAUUAUUAUCCUAGGGACCUCUGGCGAUACUUUAUCCGUCUUCAAUACAACGCACUUUAGGAACAACUCUAUCCUUUCAUUAUGGCCUGCGAAGUUCGAUCUGAGGCCGACUGUUGCGCUGGUUGUCUGCUCUGCAAUUGUUGUCGCUGCUAGUGCCCUCUCCGUGGCUGCGAGCAAGAUAUCAGCAGUACGAAACAAACCUCUUGUCCACAGCUCGAUCUCCUUCCUCGCCCCAACAGUUUGCCUGAUCGCCGGUCUCGUCGGCACAUCCUUCUUCUACGGCGUCAACUCUUCCAACUCUGUAUCAUCAUUGCAGAGCUGGAGCUGCCAAUGGUCGUCGGUCAACAUGGACGUUAAACCACACUGGAGCACUUUGUGCAAGGAGAGUAAAGUGGCGCUGUACCUUACGGUUAUGCUUAUUCCUUUGGAGGUGAUCAUCUUGGGCACUGUUGCCUUUGGCGCCUUUGUAGAGAAGAAGCAAGUUGUCUACCAUGAGCGUAAAGGAAGCCCUGCUAUGUCCUGA